UUCGCAGUGUCUGUGUUGCGCCUCUCCGCUCUGCCAGCCUCUCAGCCAUUGGCCUCAGAGACCAUCAGUCUUCCCUUCACAACAAUAGACCCCCACGCGCAGACACGCACGGCCACUCACGUACCGACAGAAACGCGCACAGUGCUUUCGAGGAGCGACGGUGAAAUGUUGGUUAAACUGCGGUUUACCGACUCCUUUCUUUUCAGCUUUAGUUCUGCGAGAAGCGCAGGGAAGCCUCUGCGAUGCGCUCAGCCAGAGGCGCGUCGGAGUUGAAAUAAGGGAAACACGGGGGUCGCGAAAAGCAGAGGGGCAGAUUUUUCUUACGAGGAUGACUGAGUGGUGACAAAGAAAACGGGGAGCCCCUCUGGCUUCGGUCGUCACCCGCAAGAACUUGACGGAAGGCAUUUCGGGGGACUGGCUUGCUCACACUAGAACAGCCAAAGAAUUUUUAUCAUCUUUAUUUUUGGAGGGGAACCAUGCCUGUCCGGAGGGGUCAUGUUGCGCCACAGAACACAUUUUUGGGAAUAAUUAUUCGGAAAUUCGAAGGACAAAAUAAAAAAUUCAUCAUAGCCAAUGCCCGGGUGCAGAACUGCGCUAUUAUCUACUGUAAUGACGGCUUCUGUGAGAUGACGGGCUUCUCCAGGCCGGAUGUCAUGCAGAAGCCAUGCACUUGUGACUUUCUGCAUGGCCAGUUCACCAGCCGGCAUGCUGUGGCCCAAGUGGCCCAGGCCCUCAUGGGUUCAGAGGAGCGAAAGGUGGAGAUUACCUACCACCGCAAGGACGGUUCAAACUUCCUCUGCGCCACCCAUAUCAUCCCUGUGAAGAACGAGGAAGGCGUUGUCAUGAUGUUCAUUCUCAACUUUGACUACAUCCUGGAGGAGGGCAGCAGCGACUCGCUGGAGAGACUCAACCACACAUCGCCAUCCAAAGCUGACCAACGAAAAGGAAGAUUCUUUCGCUUCCGUUUCCCAGCCUUACCUCUCCUGGGAAUCAGCAAACAGUCCCUUCCCCAGGAAGAUCCCGACGCUGUCAUGGUGGACUCCCCUCGCCACAGCGAUGGUUCGGUGGCUACGCGUGACUACCAACUUCCCACCACACGUGAGAGCUGCAGUCCCUCCUAUGCCAAUGAUACCCGUGCCCUCAUUGGUCCUAGCCACUGUUCCACCCCUGUGUCUGGCCCUUUGGACCACUCAUCACCCAAAGGCCACUGGGACAGGAUAUACCCAGACCAGCCCGUCGCCCAGACCCAGCACCAUAGCCAGGAGGACACACUCAUCGCAGCCCCGUCUAUUGCAGGCCUCACUCCGACUGCUUCCAGAGAGAGUGUGUGUAGUAUUCGCAGAGCGUCUUCUGUGCAUGACAUGGAAGGUUUUGGGUCAAACUCCUGUAAAAUGGCAUUCAGGGACCGGCACGCCAGUGAAGACAAUGGUCGCAAUAUCAAAGGACCACUCAGCCAGAUCAAGUCAAGCCUGCUCGGCUCCACCUCAGACUCCAACCUCAACAAGUACAGCACCAUAAACAAGAUCCCACUCAUCACACUUAACUUUUCAGAGGCCAACAAUGAGAAAAAAUGCCCCUCUCCUCCUUCGUCUGAGAAAACAAUUAUUGCCCCUAAGGUCAAAGAUCGAACGCACAACGUCACAGACAAAGUUACACAGGUUCUUUCUCUGGGUGCAGAUGUGCUGCCUGAGUACAAACUCCAGACACCACGCAUUGACAAGUGGACCAUCCUACACUACAGCCCAUUUAAAGCAGUCUGGGACUGGCUUAUCCUGCUGCUGGUCAUUUACACAGCCAUUUUCACACCCUACUCUGCUGCUUUCCUCCUCAAUGACAUUGAGGAGCAGAAGAGGCGAGAAUGUGGCUACUCCUGCUCGCCACUCAAUGUAGUGGACCUGAUAGUCGACAUUAUGUUCAUUGUGGACAUCCUUAUAAACUUCAGGACAACUUAUGUCAACAUCAAUGAAGAGGUGGUCAGUCACCCUGGCAAGAUUGCCAUCCACUAUUUCAAAGGUUGGUUCCUCAUUGACAUGGUGGCUGCCAUCCCAUUUGACCUGCUCAUCUUUGGCUCAGGAUCAGAUGAGACAACGACUCUGAUUGGUUUGUUAAAGACAGCGCGGCUCCUACGGCUGGUGCGUGUUGCCCGUAAACUAGACCGAUAUUCAGAGUACGGUGCCGCUGUCCUCAUGCUGCUCAUGUGUAUCUUUGCCCUCAUCGCCCAUUGGUUGGCCUGUAUCUGGUACGCCAUUGGCAACGUGGAGAAGCCUUAUUUAGAGCAUAAGAUUGGGUGGCUGGACAACUUGGGCUUGUCAAUAGGAAAAAAAUACAACUACAGUGACCCAAGUUCGGGACCUUCCAUCAAAGAUAAGUAUGUCACAGCGCUCUACUUCACCUUCAGCAGUCUUACCAGUGUGGGCUUUGGGAACGUCUCCCCCAACACCAACUCUGAGAAGAUCUUCUCCAUCUGCGUCAUGCUCAUUGGAUCUUUAAUGUAUGCCAGCAUCUUUGGGAAUGUGUCAGCCAUCAUCCAGAGGUUGUAUUCAGGUACAGCCAGGUAUCACCUCCAGAUGCUACGGGUCAAAGAAUUCAUCCGCUUCCACCAGAUCCCCAACCCACUGAGACAGAGGCUGGAGGAGUACUUCCAACAUGCUUGGACGUACACCAAUGGCAUCGACAUGAAUAUGGUCCUGAAGGGUUUUCCAGAGUGCCUGCAGGCGGAUAUCUGCCUCCACCUUAACAAGAGCCUCCUCCACGGCUGCAAGGCAUUCCGUGGAGCCACAAAGGGCUGCCUCCGGGCCCUGGCCAUGAGGUUUAAGACAACCCACGCGCCUCCCGGAGACACCCUUGUCCACUCUGGAGACGUGCUCACUGCUCUCUACUUUGUCUCCCGCGGAUCCAUUGAAAUCCUCAAAGAAGAUGUUGUGGUGGCCAUCUUGGGCAAGAAUGACAUCUUUGGUGAGAUGAUCCACUUAUUUGCCAAGCCGGGGAAAUCCUGUGCGGAUGUGCGAGCAUUGAGCUACUGCGACCUCCACACAAUCCAGAGGGAGGAGAUCCUAGAGGUGUUGGACAUGUAUCCAGAGUUUGCAGACCACUUCUUCACUAACCUGGAGCUGACUUUUGACCUCCGUGAUGAAAAUGCAAAAACAACCUAUCCACAGCAUCCUGACUCUAACAUGGAUGAAAUCAGGUGUCGGAGGCGGGUGUCCUACAAAAGAAAAUCCUCUACAGGCUCCCACAACAAGGAGCCGGUGGCCACGUACUGCACCAGGCAGCGAAGGCAGAUCUACGCCUCGUCUGCAACUGAGGAGAGGAGAGACUCUGCCGAGGAAGGAGAGGAGGAGGAAGAUGAGGAAGAGGAGGGCCAGGAGGAGGAAGAGGAGCAGAGGCCGCUGUGUUCCGGCGUGCUGGGGUACCCGGUGGUUAGGGACCACACCCUGGGGCUUGGGCUGAGCAACGCUGCAGAUUCAGAGGCAGGAAACAAUGCGCAGAGCCAGUCCUUUAAAGAGCUCCAUGCAGACGAGUGGGUGCGUCAGCGUCCCAGUGAGGGUGUGGAGGAGUCCACACAGUGUCAGGAGACACCAGCUGGGGAGGAUGACAGCGACACAGACCUCACCUACGGGGAGGUGGAGCAACGGCUGGACCUGCUGCAGCAGCACCUCAACAGACUGGAAUCCCAGAUGACAGCAGAUAUCCAGGCCAUCCUGCAGCUCCUGCAGAGGCAAACCACAGCUGGUCCUCCCGCCUACAGCACCGUCACCUCCAGCCCUGAAUACCAGAAGCCAGCCAUCAGGGUCCAGCCAGUGCCUGCGAUCCAGACAGAGCUCAGCCUUGGCCCAGCGCCACCUCAGCCCCAGAGCCCUGGCCCAGAAAAGGCACAGAACAAAUCCAAAGAAACCUCCCCGGUCCUCCUCCACACAGAGACUCUUCCAAAUGGAAACUUUGCUGGACUGCUAGAGAGCGAAACAGACGCAGAGCAAAGACACAAACAAAACGACGUGGACUCUCUAGAGCAACAACAACAACAGCUGCAGCAGCAGCCAACUCGGUUCCCAUCAGGCCGGCAAGCCUCGCUACCUGAUGUCCCCAGCAGCUCAGGAAUGUUGGGACUCCACAGGCCAGUUUCUGACCCGGGGCUUCCUGGAAAGUAGGCCUCCCAUACCCUUCGAAGUUGACUGAAGGUCUUCUCUUAAGCUUGACUCAGGGUCUAAGAAAGAGACUGAAUAUGCAAAGGAAAAAAAAACUGUAGACUUUUCUUCCAGUCCUUUUGGAAAAUCUCCUCCCAGCCCUACCCCUUCUGGCUGAUUUAGAUGUAUAAAGUUCAUUUAUACAGAGGUAUUUAUACACUAUAUUAUUAACAUAUGUAAAGUCAUCAUUUACCUUGUACAUAUUUCAAAUAGAACACUGCCAGCAACAAAAGGCACCUAAUGUGCUUUUUUUAAAAGAGAUAUGCAUGUUUUUGUUUUUCAUAUUUUUGUUUCUUUUCAGUCGCAUGUUCCUCACACACACCGCAACUCACCGGGCAAUCAGGUGUGAUCUUGGCAUGCUUACAGACGACUGUAGCUAACAAGUCUUAUUUUAAAUGACUCUACCCUCCUCACAGGGACAGAAGCUACUUGAAACUCUUUCCGAGGCAUUUCUAUCUAUAUUUCGCUCCUUUCCCUGCUUUGAAGUUCGUCUCUUUCUGCAACUCAUACAAACUACCUAGUUUGCUGGGCAGCAUCACACACACGGAUAUCUGUCUGUAUAUUUAGCGUGCCUACUGUACACCACAUUGCCACAACUGUUAAGAUAUUUAAAUGAGAAUCACUUUGAGAUACAGGACACAAUGUAAUAAUGUAUGUAGAGGCUGCGUGGACAUCCCAUAGCACAAGACUUUUUGAGAGCAAUAACGACAACACAGUACAGGAAAUAAACUGAAAAAUCAACACAUUUCUAGAGGUUAAUCUGCUCAUAAAUAAUUUUAUAUAACCUAAAGGAGCAAUUACUGACAGCAGUUAUGUUGUGAAUUAAUCUGCUUGCGACUUUAAAAUCUGUUUGGAUGUCAGCUUCUCUGUGGCUGAUAAAGAACAGUUCUAUGAUUUAAGUGUAAGUGUUCAAUACAAGAAAAUGAAGUAUCAUGCUAGAAAACUCCACCCGCGUCAUAUAAAUAUUAUCUAAGCAUGGAUGUGGGAUAUUUAAGGCUGCCAGACAUGAAAACUUGUCUUCAUAGCUGGGAUGUGUUUGGACCGGAUCUUUGUACGCAUGCUGUAGGUCUUCCAUUAUCUUCUUAAAAUAGUUUCAUAGAUAAAAUCAUCAAAGCGUUAUUAAAAAAAAAAAAAAAAAAAACAGUCCAGUGUUGGACUGAGGACAAAGUCCAGCCUUCAAUAGCCUUAGCUUAAUUAGCCUGCUCUAGCCUUUACAAACCACAUAAAUCCUAACAUACAUCCAAUGCAAGAAGAACCCGCUUUUCCACCAAAUGUAAAUGUAUCAUGUGUCAUUUUAAACUUUUUAAGGGUGAACUGCAUGACAAAAACUAAAUUAGUCCUUUACGUUUUCUAACUACACGAAUUCAACAUGAACUCAUGUAUUGCAUGGAGACUGCACUUGACAAAACUAUAAAAAGGUCUCAACUGUGUGUGACAUGUAUUGAUAUGUAAGGUACAGCACAUAACUCAUCCACAGAGAUUUAGAAAUAACGGUUAAACCUAUUUUUCUAAACAAGAUAUUUAAUUUGCCAUUAUUUUUCUAUGUACUUUAUUUACCUGUUUUUAAAAACCCCUGACGUUAGAAUGGUGUGGACUAUUGAUGGGACAAUGUACGAUGCAAUGCACAGCCUCUCGAUGUAGCAAGCAAGACUUCAGUGACAGGCGUCGCUUUGAACUGGGUGUUGCAUUUACUGUAUGCUGUUUAAAGUUCGUCUUGAAUUGAUAUUGCACAUUGAUUUUUCCGUAGAGUUUCUGCGCUGACUUUUUCCACCGCUUCCCUGUCAUCUUAAGCACAUCAAGGUUUUCAUUUUGUUCUUCUGCCUUCUUGGAAACCCCCUCACUCCCAAGGAUCACAUGCAGAACUGAGGAAACAGUCUGUAAGAUAUAAGUGAAAUUAUGAAAUCACUUUUUUUAGACCCCUUAUUUUUCUAUUCUCAGAUAAAUUUUGUUUCUGCACUUCUAAAGAACUCAGAAUGGGUAAAUAGUAGUUGAAGCAGGAUUAAGAUGAAGUAAAAAGUCCUGAUUUCCAUUAGAGAAACCCUUGCUAUUCCAGGACUUUACCAGUGGUUGUUUCCACCAUCAUGUGGGGUACUUCCCUUGACAAGCUUUCUUUUUUGAGCACUGUAGAACAAAAAGUUGCUAAAGUUUAACUCCACAUGUCCAUGCCUGAAGAGUCGUCUACUGAACUUUCACGGGAUUUGCAAACUUUUGCACAAAGAUUAGAAAACUUGCUGUACUGGAUAAAAAUGUCACUUUUUAAACCUAGUGCUGUUCACAAUUGUUUUUAUGCAUUUUUUAAAUGUUUGCCACUGUAUUUUAUACAAUGCAACACUUAACAGCUAAUUUGAAUGUUUCCGUUCUUAACUAUAUUUAAAGAAAUGAAAUAUAUUGUGUAGACUGGAAAAAACACGCAAUUGUAUAAAUUAAUAAACAGAAUGCAUACUGGCAAAGUG